ACCCACUAAUCCAUCCCUCUCACAAAUCCCCUCCACAUAGGCCAAGAAUCACCUACAAACAUCCUUGAUGUGGAUAGUGUAAGGCUAACGGUUCUAGACAUCUAGUCCUAUGGCGGGCAGCGGCCCAAACAUAAACACAUAAAAAUAAAAACAAAAAUAGAAAAUUCAUUCAAGAUUGGAACCGUUGCACUCAAAGUUGAACCCCCAAAAUCCAAAUUGAUAUUUAGAGUCGAAUCGCCAGUUCCUUACCGCCAAAACCCUGCAUUUCUCGACCGUACGAUUCUCAAUGCCAAAGACCCUAACUUCACCCAAUUUUGUAGAUCAAGUUGUGGUGAGACCAUAAACAUUUUUUUAAGAAAUUGAUGGAGGGAAGGAUGGAACCAUUUUUGACGAAAUUGAUGGAGUUGGUUUCGUCUAACAAAAUGAACUAAGAUCUAUAGUUGACUUUGUUUUUUAUUGGUUGUUAGCAUCUAGGGUUAUAUAUAUACACACACAAAUAGUCAACAGAGGGUUGGUAAAUUAGUGAUGACAGAUCCGUUUACCCCUUUGCUAGGGGGAGAAACUAGGAGAGGAGGCCGAAAACCGUUUAUUCGGCGAUGGGAUGCCAUCGCUUACGGUUCGCCUUAUCAGAAGGCGGCCGCUCUGCUUGAUCUUGCUGCAAAUGGAAGAGGUCUACCAGAGGGAACCUUUGACGUACCAAACUAUGAAGCAUCUGUAAAGCUCUACUUUAUAUUCAUUCGCUUCGACAUAAUAUGGACCCUUAAUUAUUUUGCACUGAUAGCUUUGCAUUUCUUCGAGCAACCAUUGUGGUGUAGCAGUAUUUCCGAGGUUUCUUGCAGAAACAGGGACUACUAUUAUCUUGGCGAGCUUCCAUACUUGACUAGUGCAGAAUCUCUAGCCUUUAAGGGUGUAACCCUCGUAAUUCUUGUGGUGCAUACACUUUUUCCUAUUUUGUUUGAAGGGGGAUAUUUCUACUGGAGAAACCAUGUCAAUAAGCUGAAGGUCAUAUCACUGUUAAUUCUUAGUGUUGAUUUAGUAGUAGAUAUUCUCCAUCUCUCUCCAGUGACCAUCUGUAGGAUUGCACCUUAUAUCAGGGUACUUUUCUUUAUCUGGAAUAUCAGGGGUUUACGAGACAACCUUAUUGUCCUGGGUGGAAUGGUUGUCACAUAUGUGAAUGUAUUGGCUUUGUGGUUUCUGUUUCUUGUGUUCUCGAGUUGGUUAGCGUAUGUCAUAUUUGAAGAUACCCAACAGGGAACUACGUUCUUUCUUUCUUACUCUGCUACGUUAUAUCAAAUGUUUGUUCUCUUUACCACAUCCAACAAUCCAGACGUCUGGAUUCCUGCCUAUAAAUCAUCAAGAUGGUCUUCGCUUUUUUUCAUCCUAUAUGUGCUUCUGGGUGUAUACUUUGUCACAAACCUGGUUCUUGCUGUCAUAUAUGAUAGCUUUAAACUCGAGCUCCUUAAACAAGUUGUUGCAAAGGGCGAUAUGAGGACGGGAACAUUGAGGAUGGUCUUUAAUCUCAUUGAUAGUCGUGGCGCUGGCUAUCUUGAUAAGGAACAAUGUUUCAAGUUGCUUGAAGAACUUAAUAAUUACAGGACACUGCCAAAAAUAUCGAAAGAAGAUUUUGAGUUGAUAUUUAACACAUUGGAUCACAUUGGUAAUGAUAAGAUUUCUGCGGAAGAAUUUAAUGAUAUAUACGAUGCAAUUGCCUUAGGAUUUCAAAUGGAGGAUACGGAACCUUGGCUAACAAAGUUUGUCUUCUACAAUUCUUCAACGUCUGAAACGCUGAAAAACUUUGUAAAAAGCACAAAGUUUGGAAAUAUAGUUGCUUUUGUUCUCCUCUUGAAUUUGGCUACUGUUAUUGUUGAAACAACGCUUAAUAUACAAAACAACUCUGGUCAGAAUUUCUGGCAGAGAGUGGAGUUCGUCUUCGGGUGGAUCUAUGCUCUCGAAAUGGCUUUGAAAGUUUAUACAUAUGGAUUUGAAAACUUUUGGAAGGAUGGCCAAAACCAAUUUGAUUUUAUCAUAACACUGGUUAUAGUUAUGGGAGAGACAGCAACAUUCGUAUCUCCAAAGGAGCUAACAUUUAUUUCGAGCGGGGAGUGUAUUCGUUAUCUUCUUAUCGCAAGGAUGUUAAGAUUGAUCAGGCUGUUGAUGCGUUAUCAGACUUACCGAACCUUUGUUGCUACAUUUUUGACACUGAUACCAAGUUUGAUGCCGUACCUGGGUACCGUGUUUUGGGUCAUGUGCAUUUACUGUACAUUAGGUAUACAGAUUUUUGGUGGCAUAGUGAAUGCUGGGAAUCCAGAUUUACCAGCUACAGAUCUUGCUGACAACGAUUACUUGUUAUUUAAUUUCAAUGACUAUCCCAAUGGUAUGGUGACACUCUUCAAUUUGCUUGUGAUGGGAAACUGGCAAGUCUGGAUGCAGGAUUACGCAACGUUGACAGGAACUUCUUGGACUUAUGCCUACUUCAUCAGCUUCUAUCUGAUAACAAUUUUGCUCCUCCUCAACUUGGUUGUGGCAUUUGUACUGGAAGCGUUUUUUGCUGAGUUAGAGCUUGAAUAUCCCGAGGAAGAAGGGAAUCAAAUGGGAGUAAGGGGACGACGUAACAUGAGUAUAAGGACACGCAGUCAGAGGGUUGAUAUGCUACUUCGCCAGAUGUUGCGCUCAGAGUUGGAUCGGUCCCCACCUUCCUCUCCAUGAUCCCAGGCCCUUUUGUUGUUUAUCACAUGUGGCGUUGAUGAUGUGGCCGUUAUUUGUGUUUUUAAUACCGCAUACAGGUCGAGAUCACAGAAAGGUAACAAUGCAGUUUUGAUUCCGUAUUUUAAAUAUCAAAAGUUAACAAUAUUAUUUAGAAAAAUUAAAAGUACGUGUAUAUUUUCUGAAUUGGGGACUCUUAAGUCGAAUAUUUUUAGUAUGUAGAUUUUGUUUUUGUAUUAGACAUGACUCUUCAUCUAUCAUAACUCGCUCAUUUAACAUA